CUCCAGUCGCCAGCACCGCAGUCCGCCAUUCCCGCAGUUUGCACCAGCCACCAGUGCAACACGAGUCAACCGUCUACGGCCUCUGCCCACUUCCCCUGAAGCUGUGAAGCAGGCUUCAUUUGGUAAACUCUUCUUCAAGAAGGAAGCUCUGAAGAUCAAGAAGCCUACUGAUAAUGGAGAGCGCCACCUUGUUCGCAGGACUUCAGCCCACUCCCAGUUAUGACUAUCAUUACCCUCAGACUUCAGCCCACUUCCUUCGUCUUCCCAUUCAGCCUAUUGUCAAAAGGCAAUUUUCUCCUCUCCCUAUCAAGCCUCAAAAGCAUUCGUAUUUUGUUUCUCACAAUAAUAAUACUCUGCGUGUGGCCUCACCCGUGAGCAGCAAUGCCACAACUGAAUUAGCUAGCAUUGAUUGGGAUAGCCUUGGAUUUGGGUUCAUACCCACUGAUUAUAUGUAUAUCAUGAAAUGUGCUCAAGGUAAAAACUUUACUAAGGGUGAAUUACAGCGUUUUGGGAACAUCGAAUUGAGCCCAUCUGCAGGGAUAUUAAAUUAUGGCCAGGGUUUGUUUGAGGGAUUAAAAGCCUACAGAAAGGAUGAUGGCAGCAUUUUGUUGUUUCGUCCUGAGGAAAAUGCUUUGCGCUUGAAGAUGGGGGCUGAGCGUAUGUGUAUGCCUUCACCAACAGUUGAGCAGUUUCUCGAUGCAGUGAAAGCUACCGUCUUAGCCAAUAAGAAAUGGAUUCCACCACCUGGUAAAGGAUCACUGUAUAUCAGACCAUUGCUUAUGGGGAGUGGAUCUGUACUUGGUCUUGCCCCAGCUCCAGAAUAUACCUUUUUAAUUUAUGUCUCACCUGUGGGUAACUACUUUAAGGAAGGAUUAGCACCAAUUAAUCUGGUGGUUGAAACUGAAAUGCAUCGUGCAUCCCCUGGAGGUACUGGAAGCGUCAAGACUAUUGGAAAUUAUGCUGCGGUGCUGAAGGCACAAAGUGCUGCUAAAGCAAAAGGCUAUUCUGAUGUUUUGUACCUGGAUAGUGUUCAUAACAAAUUUCUGGAAGAGGUUUCUUCUUGCAAUGUGUUUGUUGUGAAGGGUAAUAUGAUAAUAACUCCAGCAAUAAAAGGGACCAUCCUGCCUGGCAUAACCCGGAAGAGCAUUAUUGAUCUGGCUGUCAGCCAAGGUUUUCAGGUUGAAGAACGAUUUGUGUCCGUAGAUGAAUUGCUUGACGCCGAUGAAGUGUUCUGUACUGGUACAGCUGUGGUUGUAUCCCCCGUUGGUAGUAUAACCUAUUUAGGGAAACGGGUGACUUAUGGAAGCAAUGGGGUGGGUGUGGUCUCACAACAAUUGUAUUCAUCAUUAACUAGACUUCAGAUGGGGAUUGCAGAGGAUAACAUGGGAUGGGUUGUUGAGCUCAAGUAAUCCAUGUUGGUCCUUUGCAGUUUGUUAUUAUUUAUUCAAUUUAAUGGUCUUUUCCUUUAGUUUAUGAGAAGUGUCAUUUGUGGAAAUGCUGGAAUUGGAAAUGGUACUAUUUGGUGCUCUAUGCUAUGUGUUUUUGGCUAGAUUACAUUAAAAAACAUUCAUAUAAACACAAUUAUCAGUAAGUUUCCCUACCUAUAUGGUUAGUGUUUAAUGGUGUUACCUUGGGG